AAAUUCGAAGUGUUCUUCAAGCAACGUGGUGUCACUGUAUGACUUGAUGCGGCCAAUCUAUGAUGCGGCCAUAACCAGCCCAUAAAACCAGCCAUACUUAGGAAAACGAAGAUCGACCAUUGGGGUUUACAAUAUUGUUAAUCAAUAGAUUUAAUGUUUAAAUAUUUACUCUACUUGGAUGCAAGCAGUAUUCCCAAUAUUCGAUGAGUUCGAGUACUAAUAUUUAACUAAAUAUUCCAUUACCAAAUUAGGACUUAAAGCACAUUGUGCUUUUUUGAAAUUGUUAAAAUACUGUCUCAAUAAAAAGAAUUCUCUGCAGCUGUUGGAAUCGUCCAAAGGGGCGCAACCUUUUUAUAUGACUUUAGAAAGACCAAAAGAAACAUCAUUAACAAGUAGUAUAGUUGGGAGCUUAGGGUAUUGGCACAUUAGGUGCAUGACUUCGCAGCGUCAAGAACUCCAUUGUAAUAGGACCACCAAAUCUUCAUCUAAUAGGCAUCGGAAACUUCAACCCUUUAGGGAAACGUGACUGAAAGCAACAAUAGGGCAUUUCAAAAGUUUAUUUUCAUAUAUAAAGGUACACGACAUAAGCACAUUUCUUUAUCAUGGGCAGUGUCAAUAUAAACAGAAGCGUUAGCGAUGCCUUCUACCGCUACAAGAUGCCACGCAUCGUGGCUAAGGUGGAAGGAAAAGGAAACGGAAUCAAGACGGUAAUUGUAAAUAUGACUGAAGUUGCAAAAGCUUUGGGUAGGCCUCCCACUUAUCCCACAAAAUAUUUCGGAUGCGAAUUGGGUGCUCAAACCCAAUUCGAUUUCAAAAAUGAACGCUUCAUUGUCAAUGGUUCUCAUGAUGCCAUUAAACUUCAAGAUUUAUUGGAUGGAUUUAUUCGCAAGUUUGUGCUUUGUCCAGGGUGUGAUAACCCUGAGACUGAUUUAAUUGUAUCAGCAAAAAGAGGAACUAUAUCUACCGGUUGUAAAGCUUGCGGUUAUCACGGCAUUUUAAAAGAAAAUCACAAGUUGAACACAUUCAUUCUUAAAAACCCGCCCAAUAUGAAUCCUGCCGUGCAGGGAUCGUCACUAACGGAAGGAAAACGCACGAAACGAAGCAAAAAAGUAAAUGGUGACUCACAAGGUACAAACAACGGAGACGCCCAAGGUGACGAAGAAGUUGGUUUGGAAGCUCCAGCAGAUUUAACAUUUAACGAUAACACUGCAAACGAUGAGGACGAUGGAACCGAAUGGGCAGCGGAUAUUUCUGAAGAAGCGGUAAGAGCACGAAUGCAAGACUUAACGGAAGGCGCCAAAAAUAUCACUAUCACCGACGAUUUAGAGAAAUCUGAAAAAGAACGGUUGGAUAUGUUGUAUGAAAUGGUCAAAACCAAACGUGAUGCCGGGCUCUUAGAAAAUUCCCAAGCUCAAAAAGAACUCGUGAAUGAAGCUGAACGUCUUGAAAUUAAAUCUAAAGCAACUCUCAUUUUGGCCGAAUUGUUGUUUAAUCAAAACAUUUUACAACAGGUUAAGAAGCACCAUUCACUCCUCUUACGUUUCACUCACGAAGAUAAAAAAGCUCAAAAAUAUUUAAUGGGUGGAUUAGAACAGGUUAUAAGUAUGCAUCGCGACACUCUAAUGAACAAAGUUCCUGGAUUAUUGAAACUGUUUUAUGAUAUGGAUAUUCUAACGGAACCUGCAAUUAUCGAGUGGGCUGAUAAGGUUUCGAAAAAAUACGUUUCUAAAGAUGUUUCACAAGAGAUACAUAAUAAAGCUGCUCCAUUUAUCAAAUGGUUAAAAGAGGCUGAAGAAGAAGAGUCGUCUGAUAGUAAAGACGAAAGUGACGAAGGCGUCGAAAUUGAAUACAAUGAUCGCGUACAAGUAUCGCAGAUGAAAGCAGCUCCGGCACCUACAAGUAAGACAUCUAAAAUCCCUGCAGGUGUAGAUGACGACGAAGAUGAUGUGGACAUCGAUGCCAUUUAAAUAAUUAUACAAAAUUAAAACGUGCAGAAAUAGAUUUCAGUAAUUCUCUUUAU